AUGGCUUGCGAAAGCACGUCCGCGCACAGACAGAGAGGCUCAGGCAUUGUGGCAAGCGCACGAUGCGCCACCUGGGAGGCGCCAGACUGUAAGGAGGCGGCGCUGGGCAGCUACUUGGACCCCAGGAAAGAUCCGCCUUCAGAGCUCAUCCUCACCGACGAUGUGCGGAGAGUACAGGAUGACCUCCUGGUCCGCUUUUCGGAGUCCCCGGCCGAAGCGCCUACAUGGUCCCGCCUGGACCAGCGGCCGCCCGAAGGAAGCCCGAGCACGAUCCCUUCGAAGCUUUGCCCCGCCAAGUCCAGCUUGGAACAUGCAGGAGAAGCCUUCAAGAAUCUGGCCAUGGCCGCGUGCCAGGAUGCUACAGGUGCAGCUGACGAGCCGGCGCUAGAGGAAGAGGAGCAAAAGCGUCAGCACAUGCAUCAGGUGAUGAUGCAGGUGUUCACCUGGCUUCAGGAUGACUACUGCGGCACCACCUGUGGGCGCACCCGCAAGGCAGCCUACAGGGAAGGCCUCAGCACCAAGAAGAGGAUGCAGAUGAAGGCAGCCCUCCAGCUGCAGCCGGGACUCAGAAACCCGCAGCGCCGCCGCGGCAACGCGGUGCCUUCCACUGCGCGGGUGGCGGCCAUCUCCGUUUUACGGCAGCUCUUCCCAGAGCAUCGCUUCGAAGAUCGCGAAGUCCGCGUGGAGGUGGCGAGACCUAGACCUUUGCAGGCAGACGACACUGACUUCAGGUUUCCGCGACUUGAGGCAUCAAUCUAUGGCCGUGGUUCUCCGAUGAGCUUGUGCUGCGGCGCGGCCGUCCUCACAUUCUUCGAUGUCAUCUGUGGGGUGUGCGUGAUCUGCCUGAAGUCAACCUGCCAGGCCGCGGCCUUGGAGCUGCAGCCGCUGACGGAGCCAAGUCGCCAGAAGCUCUGGGGCCACUG